AUGUGCCAGGACCCGGCCCUGCUCCUCCUGCAGCAGGAGAUCGGCCGUGCCGAGCUCGGCUCCAACACACGUUUUGUAUUCGCCAUCACAAAACAAGCCCGUUCGCCUCCGAGGGCUUUUGAGCACUGCGCCGUUCCUAAAACCAGGCUGAGCGGCGGCAGGCGAGGGCAGACACGGCCCGUGACAGGGCAGCCUGGGAGGCCGCCAUCUUAUGGGGAGCUCUUCAGCAUCCUUCUUGAGCAGCAGCUGAUUGCAAGCGGCGAGGUAUCGUUUCUUGAAGGCUUGCUUGCGAGCAUUAAAAGAGAAGAUUUGGUCUCGCAGCUGAAGCAUUUCGUAGAGGAAGGGGAAGCUAAUGCUCCUGAUGAUCAACCAGAUGUGCAUGAAAAACGUCUGCUGAAGGCAGCUUUUGAAGUCAUAUGUGAAAAUGUCGGGAGAGACUGGAAAAUUGUGAUGCGAAAACUUGGCUUUUCUGAAGUGAAAAUGGACAGAGUAGUGGCAGCUAAUCCAUUUAAUUUGCGGGAACAGUUGGCUCAGUCACUUCGAGAGUGGCAGAAAUGGAAGGGAAGAGAUGCAAAGGUGACUGACUUAAUAAAAGCUCUUCGGGGCUGUAAUAUGAAUUUGGUGGCAGACAGAGUUGAACAGAAGCUCUUGUCACUGAACACUGGAACCAGGUGAAAUCAAUAUAAAAACACUUCUAUAUCCCACACAUGGGGAAGAAGGCAGAGAAGUAGAGGUGCCUUCUACUCUUCUGAAGCAAAAUCAAUAUCAUUGAUUCUUAUUGAUUACUUAUUCUGCCAUUAAUUUAUGUGUCUUACUAGGUUGAUUUGUAGUCAGAUGAAGAUUAACAUAAAACCAAAUUCCUUUCAGGUAAUGCUUUGUAGUUUGAUGCUUCCUUUAAGAAAUUUUAACUUUUAGAAGACCUAAACUCCAUUUUGUAGAAAUUCUCACACUUUUGUUCUACCACCUACCUGAAAACAAGAUUUGCUUUACUGCAGGUACUUUUCAGAUAUAUCUUCUCUGAAAAGACAUCCAUGGGACGCUUCUGAGGCAACUGUAAUUUAUUAAAAUUUCACAGGGAUGUUGGAUUUUUUUUUUUUGUGGCCUAUUAUAACUGUAGUGUGAAAGGGAAAAGGAGUAGACCUCUUAGCUGUGUACUGGGUUUUCUUUUUGAGUAGCAUAAGAUAAUACCUUCCAUAAUUUGUUGAAUACACUUGCUCUGCGUAAAAGGAUACUAAAACAACUGUAACCUCAGACCCUAAGACUGCAGUGCAAGAGGGCUAGUAACUAUUGUGGUGGCUUUUUCUUGGCAGAAAAUGUGCCCGGGUUCAAAAUGAACUAGUUGAAAUCAAAUGUCUGUAUCAAGUGCCUUCAUCAUCCUGAAGGAAAUGUUCGCCUGAAACUAUCAAAGAAAUUGUGUGUGUCUCUCAGAUGUUUACAGCAGCCUCUUUUUACUGCCGUGGAUGUUCUAAGAUUGUUUACUAGGAAUCCUUUUGUCACAGAGUCAGGUCAUGUCUGCUGGAAGUUGCAGCUCACCUCAUAAGUAAGCCGCAGUUAUCUGUGCUCUUGGUAACAGAAGUGUGUACUGUAACAAAAACCUAGAAAACAAAUUGGUUUCUUUUUAGUGGAGGGGUGUGAGAGCCUACUGAGAGCAAAUGUAUAAUACUGACUUUCCUCUAGCGAUACCCAGUGAAGGUGAGCUGUCUUUUGCCACAGUUUGUUCUCUUCAAAGGUCGCUCCAGAUCCAAUAGCUCUUCCAAGUUCUCUGCAAUUUUUUAGUUCAUUCCUAUUCCUUUACAUUUUUUGAAAGUGAUUGUAAGCAACUCGCAGAGGAAGGAGGAUUUAUGAACGAGACCAGAUUCAGUUUUCAGCUUUAAUUUGGAACAGACCUCAAAAAAUGGCCUUCACGCCUAAUGUAAAACUGGAAGAAUUGCACAAGCUUCAAGACAUGCAGGGCUGUAGAGGCCUCUGGGGACUAUCCCCUGUGCGAGGGAGAAAAGUUCUUUGAAAUCAUUAUUGCUUGAAUGAGUAGGAUUGUUUGUUACUGCAAACAUCCUUCUAACUACAUAAAUAGAUACUUGAAGAAGAGAGGCUUCUUUUUUGCUACUGUACCUGUGUGACUUUUAGCUCCUUUCAAGUUCUUUUUACAUGGUGCAAUUACUGUGAAGGCUAGGUGCCAGCAUAUAAUAUACCACUACUCUGCAUAAAUGUGGUGACAUUGAUAACUUUCAAGUUUUUGUUGCAGUUGGUGCCUUUAGUUUAGAUGAUGACACUUGAAUAAUUGAUUGUAGUUAAUGGAAACUGCUGUAAUGUGAACUUACCUUUUUAUUAAGGUUUUUUCUUAAAUGAUUCUCACAAGUAUUUUUCUAAUCGUAGUAUUUCAAUAUCAGGGAUUGUAUACAAGCAAAGGAGCAAUGGGUAAUACAGAAGUUCCCACUUGUCCACCUUUUGGGCAGGUGCAGUUCUUCAAGUACUUGGUCCAAUACCUGUCAGUAUCGAUUGUCAAUUCCAGGCUUCCAGUAGGAGAUAACGGUGCUGCACUUCAGCUAAAUGAUGAGCUCAAAAGGUUUUUGUUUCAUAGAUACAGUCUUCAUUCUACAGUAUUUAAAGAAAAUGAUUGCUUCUGACUUUUUUCCUUCGUGCCUCUAAGCAAUCUUUGUGAGCAGAGUGGAGUAGAAGUGAAGUUAGCAAGAUAAGUUGUAUUUGUGGUGAAACAGCUCUGCAACAGUUCCAAGUUCAAUCUGUCCAGAAACAUGGUUUUUGUAUCCACUUGUAGUAAGUCUUCUGGUUCACAGAAGAUACUUUUAUCUGGAAUUUGAAAAGAAGUAUCCUGCCUACUGUAUAUAACCAGGAGAUUUUAAGAAUCAUUAGGAAUAACUUGUUAGUUGUAGCCAAGCACUCAUCAGCUACGAGAAAUAUUCUGCCUCAGACAAUAAAAACCUCUUGUUUCUUUAAGGAUUUGUACUUAGUGGAUAUUUUACUGUGUAUGAAAGCAAUGAACUAGACUGCAUCAAUCUGUGCAGUACCUCAGGGCCAAUUAAAACCUGGUUUUAUUAGAGAUUAAAAAGAUGAUUCUGUGAGAACAAAAUCAAAUGGAACAAAAUCUUUUUAUUGGGAGGAGGGGUAAGGAAAAAGGAUGCAAUUUUUAAGGAAAUGUGUUGUGGUCCAGUUAGCAAUCUUUUAUUUUCAAAUGGAGUAUUUUUGACUCAAAUAUAUGUAUUUUUAUAACUUGAAUUACAGUUUUAUAUUGUAUAAUUUUGUGCACAUUUCAUUAAAAAAUACUUCCUUAAAAACAAAAUAAAUUUAACUGGUUUUUUAUAUUAUGGGAUUGCUGUCUAUGAUGAGAUCUCUAAUUAUGAGAAGAUAAAUGUUAAAGACACUUUUAAAGCAAGGAGUGGUGCUAAACAGGCGUUAUGUUACCAAUGUCCUUCUUG